AUGCGCACACUCCAUUACCUCUUGGCAUGCUCCGCCAUCCUGGUCUCAUGCUCCGAAGCAUGGCAAUGGCCAAACCCUGCAGCUGCAGCUCCAAGAAUGCCCCAGAUACCAUUCUCCUGGCCCUACCACCGUCCUUCUCCUCCUCAACAACCUGAUUCAACCACCUUUAUCCCCCAAAAACAAAUCUUCAAGUUGCAACACAUCCUCGCCCACGGAGCACCAGGCGCCAAAAGCGCCAAGGUUUUCCGUAGCCUGGCCGUUGAUCAGGUGACCCGACUUCAGAUGGCCCAGGUCAACAGCCUCCUUGCUGCCGAAAGCUUCAGCCCUGGAACGACUUUCGAGCAUUCUGUCACCGAUACCUUCUUCCCUAUGGACGGAGGCGAAGACGAUGAUGAUGAGGACACGACUCGUUCACAAGAUACUAGCAACAACAAUGUUUUCCCUCUUCCCUGGAAACGAGUCCCCAAUGCCGAAGAUCACGCGACGGUGGUAUCGAUGGUUCGAAUGGCACUUGAUUGCUAUAUCGAUCCCAAGAGACAGGGAUGGGUCGACAUUGGAGACAACUGGGAUGUAUCGACCGAGAUUGGAUGGCUCGAGGCUGGUCUGCGAGGAUACAUUUUUGCAUCGGAGGAUCAGAAGACGAUUGUCAUCGGUAUCAAGGGUACCUCCCUCAAGCUCUUUGGCACUGGUGGUGGUCCCACCGGCAACAACGACAAGCUGAAUGACAACAAAAUGUUUUCGUGCUGCUGUGGCAAAGUCGAUCGGACCUGGUGGGGAGUUUGCGGAUGCUACAUGGGCGGGAAUAGCUGCAACCAGCAGUGUCUUGUCGACGAUGCAAAGAAGGACCUUGACGAAUCCGAGAGCUACUACGCUGUGGGCCUUAAAGUUGUUACGGCUGCAAAGGUGUUGUACCCACAUGCUAGCAUUUGGCUUACAGGUCAUUCUCUGGGUGGCAGCGUUGCCUCUUUGUUGGGAAUCAGACAGGGCUAUCCUGUCUUUACUUACUCAUCCCCUGGAGAUGUUCGCUACGGCCAAAAGGUCGGACUCGUCAAGCCUCACCUGAAGGAGUCUGAUCUCAAAAAGAUGCCCGUCUGGCAGUUUGGACACACCGGCGACCCAGUUUACAUGGGAACGUGCAAUGGUGCGGCAUCGACAUGCUACUCUGCAGGCUACGCGUUGGAGACCAAAUGCCACCUGGGCAGGGCCUGUGUCUAUGACACCAUGACUGAGCUCGGCUGGGGACAAGACAUCAGGGGUCAUACUAUCUUCACAUUCAUCAAUGUGGUCGAGAACUGGUACAAUAUGACCAAAGGACGGGAAAAGGUCCCCAAGUGUCUCCCCCAGACGGAUUGUCAGGACUGUGUUCAGUGGCAGUACGUUUAA